AUGCGCCUUUUUACGCCUCAGACCCUUAUUUUUUUGUUACUAGAUGUUGGAGCCGCAGCUGAGAUUUCUACCACCCAGAGACGGAGUAUAGUCCGCUCGUUCAAUCCGCACCGCAAUGCAAGCUCAGCAACAACACCCCUGCAGGUUGGCAAUGGCAAUUUUGCUUUUGGUGCAGAUAUCACCGGUCUUCAGACAUUCUCUAAUUUUGCCGUCGAGACCUCUUGGGCUUGGCACAAUUUCAGUUUGCCAACUACUACUGGUCAAAGCUCUCCCUCUGAUUUCACAGGUUUAGAUUGGUGGACGCAUGAUCGACUUGUUAAUUAUGAUAUGCCCAACCCAGCAGAAGAAGAUAUUUCUAACUGGCUCAUCGAAAAUCCUCAAAGACUAAGCAUAGCCAAUAUCGGUCUUCAUUUCCCUGGACAGAAUAUUACUGAGAAAGAUCUGCUCUACAAGUCUCAGGACUUGGAUAUCUGGGAGGGAAAUAUCCAAUCCUCCUUUUACUACAAUGGAUCCAAGGUGUCUGUCCAGGUUUGGUGUCACCCAGCCGACCCUAUCGUGGGGAUACAGAUCAAGUCAGAUCUGCUGAUUUCUGGAGACAUGGGUGUCUUCUUCGAUUUUCCGAAUUCCGACACUAACAAGUUUGACGCGCCAUAUGUUGGUGUGUGGAAUGAAACCACCAACAGUACAGUGCGGAUGCGAUCUACACCGGAAAUGGCCUCGUUCGAGCACAUUCUCGAUAGUAAUAUUAAUCGAUUGGGAGUUAAGUGGAAUGCGAAAGGCUCUAUUUCUGGGCCUUUGUCUGGGACAAAUCGAUUUAUCCUGACCCCUUCGGGGUCGAACACGCUGCAACUUGUGGCAGACUUUCAGCCGGCUAGCAGCGCCCACUAUAACUUCCCAGCAUUUGAGAGCAUUUCAGUCGCGUCCAGAGAGUGGUGGGAAAGUUACUGGGCCUCCGGUGGCUUCAUAGACUUGUCAGCGACUGACAAUGUAAAUGCCACUGAGCUCCAACGCCGCAUUGUUCUCUCGCAGUACCUUGUUGCGGUUAACGAAGCAUCAUAUAACCCACCACAAGAAUCUGGACUCGUGAAUAAUGGGUGGUAUGGAAAGUUUCAUCUUGAAAUGUUCCUAUGGCACAGUUUACAGUUUGCUCGAUGGGGACACUAUGAUCUCCUUGCCCGUAGUGCUCCGGGCACAUAUCAACGAUUUCUCCAGUCCAGCAUUGACAGAGCCACAGCACAAGGAUAUGAGGGAGCCCGCUGGGGCAAAAUGACAGAUCCAACAGGCCGAAGUGCCCCAGGUGAAAUCAACGCAUUGCUGAUCUGGCAACAGCCACACGUCAUGCAUUUCGCUGAAUACGUCUAUCGCGCCUUCCCAAAUCAAGAAACACUACAAGAAUGGGAUGAAGUGGUCACAGCAACCGCCGACUUCAUGGCCUCAUACGCAUGGUGGAACGAGACGACUAGACUCUAUGAUCUGGGUCCUCCAAUGUACCCGGUCAGCGAGAAUACAAGCCCCAACAGUACUAUUAACCCGACUUUCGAGCUUGCAUACUGGCGCUUUGGUCUCGAUGUUGCUAUCCAGUGGAAAGAACGUCAGCAUGUCUCUGUACCGGAGAAAUGGAUGACUGUGAGGGAUAAUCUCGCUCCGCUUCCUAUCAUUGAUGGUGCCUAUGCUGUUUAUGAAGGUAUCCCUGAUAUGUGGAAGGCGAAUAGUACGACGAUACAGGAUCAUCCGGCUAUGAUUGGUGUUUAUGGCUUGCUUCCACCUCCUUCAACUGGUGUACCACUUAACCUGACUACUAUGCGUCAUACUGCUGAGCUUAUCAAGGAGCUUUGGGACUUAGGGGAUUCUUAUGGGUGGGACUUUAGUAUGUUGGCGAUGAAUAGCCUGCGCCUUGGAGAUUUGGACCAGGCAAUCGCGUAUCUUUUGGAUCCGUACUAUGUUUUUGACGAUGCGGGUUAUGCCGAAGGAGGAAUUCGGGUCCCCACCCCGUAUAUGCCUGAUGCAGGUGGUCUGUUGUUGGCAACGGCUAUGAUGGCUGGAGGCUGGGACGGCGAUGAAGGUCCUCAUUUCCCUGAAGAUUGGAAUGUUACAGUUGAAGGCUUCAGUCCCAGCCUCUGA